ACUAUCUACACGCGAUGGGCAAGUUCACCUUCAUGAGUUUCCUCUCCGAGCAGUGGACCCGCCUCCCGCCGCCGCUCCAAGUCGACCUCACGGGCAAGACUGUGAUCGUCACAGGAUCCAACACAGGUAUCGGCUUGGAGGCUGCGAUGCACUUUGCGCGGAUGAGGCCGGCGCGGCUUAUCGUAGCGUGCAGGAGCGAGGACAAGGGCAAGGCUGCGCUUGAACAUAUUGCCCAGAAGUCAGGCUACGCUGCUGAGCUGCAGCUCGUCGACUUUGCGGACUUUGCAUCCGUGACAGCCUUUGCCGCGAGGCUCAAGGACGCCCCAGUCGAUAUUCUGGUUGCCAAUGCCGGCGUCGGGCUGUCGAAUUUCUCUCUUACGAAGGAUGGCUUUGAGCAGGCCCUGCAAGUCAAUCACCUCUCGUCCGCACUGCUCUCCUUCCUCCUCUUGCCCAACCUCGUCAAGGCCGCGCAAGAGCACAAGAGCAAUUCUCGGCUGGCACUCGUUACGAGCGAGAUGCACUUCACGACUCGGGUCGAUGAUGAGCUCAAGUCGGCACCGAAGGGCAUCCUUCGCACGCUAAGCGACCCGGAGUAUGUCACACCAGAACGCUUCUCCGCGCGCUAUCCCGAGACGAAGAUGUUCAACGUCAUGUUCGCGCGCGCGCUCGCAGAGCACCUCCCCGCCGCGGUGCCUGUCGUGCCCGACAGCGUGAACCCAGGGUUCUGCUACACAGAGUUGCGACGCAACCUCUGGCUGUCGCGCCGGCUCAUGAUGGCCGUCAUGGACUUCACACUCGGGCGCAGCGCGGAGCAAGGCGCACGCCAGCUCGUGCACGCCGCUCUUGGGCCUGACGGGAAGGACGGUGAACACAUACAAUUCAUGCGCGGCGCGUACGUGAGUUGCAACGCCGUGCACGAGCCAAGCGACUUUGUAAUCAGCAAAGAGGGGCACGAGGUGCAGGAGAGGAUAUGGCGCGAGACCAUCGAUAUAUUGGCAGAGGCGUCGCCCGACAUUCGGAGAAUAGUGAAGGAAUAUUGCACCUAGUCGGAUUAGUUUAAAGUAGUCUUGUCACGCUCGGCGCCUUCCCGACUGUGCCGUCCCGAUAUUAUAUUUCAGUGCCCUCUAUUUGCUCAUAUCUUGCCAUAUCCUUACGGUCGACUAAUCGAAAUGUUUGAAUCUCGC